CUUUUAUGACCGUGCAACAAGACCGGCCCGACCAAUCAGCAGCAGCGGAGGAGGUCACGUGUCGGGUCGACCUUCACAGGGAGGUGAUAAAGUGAGGUGAUGCUCAAUGGACAAACUUAUUCUGUCCUCCUGCACAUCCUCUCAAACUACGCUGCAGCAACAACUAAAGCCACCGAAAGAGCUUCAGACAAGACCAGAGUGACCCGGCACAAUGUCUCGGUUCCUGGAUUUGGCGGAGUUUGGAGAAGCUGCUCUCUACAUUCGUCUCACCAACCUAGAGCAUCUGGCUGCUAAAGCUCAGGCUUUCGAUGGUACGAAGCGUAGUUGGUUGCCUGAUGAUGUGGAAGCGUACGUCGAGGUGGAGGUUAAAGAGCUGAAUGGAGACAAAACCACCGUGGAGACAAAGGACGGACGGUUUCUGGUGGUGAAAGAAGACGACCUUCAGCCUAUGAACCCUCCGAAGUUUGACAUGAUGGAGGACAUGGCCAUGUUGACUCACCUGAACGAGGCGUCCGUCCUCUUCAACAUGAGGAGGAGAUACAGCAUGUGGAUGGUCUACACGUACUCCGGCCUGUUCUGCGUGGCGGUCAAUCCGUACAAAUGGCUGCCAGUGUACUCCACUCAGGUGAUAGCAGCUUAUAAAGGGAGGCGUCGCCUGGAGACACCGCCACACAUCUACGCCGUCGCUGACAACGCCUACACUGACCUGCUGAAGAAUCGAGAGAACCAGUCGAUGUUGAUCACAGGUGAAUCAGGUGCAGGGAAAACCGUCAACACCAAGAGAGUCAUUCAGUACUUCGCCAUAGUUGGCUCUGGGAGAAAAUCUGAAAAAAGGGGGUCUUUAGAGGACCAGAUCAUUGAAGCUAAUCCCGCCAUGGAGUCGUUCGGUAACGCCAAAACCAUCCGCAACGACAAUUCCUCUCGCUUUGGAAAGUUCAUCAGAAUUCAUUUUGGACCGACAGGAAGGCUGGCGUCUGCUGACAUCAACAUCUAUCUUCUAGAAAAGUCCAGAGUUGUGGUCCAGCAGCCGGAAGAGAGAAGCUACCACAUCUACUACCAGAUCCUGUCCAAUCAGAAACCAGAACUACAGGACAUGCUGUUGGUGACCACGAACGCCCACGACUACCACUUCUGCUCCCAGGGCGUGACCACAGUGGAAGGCAUUGACGAUGGAGAGGAGCUGAAGCUCACUGAUCACGCCAUGGACACGCUGGGCUUCACUCCCGAGGAGAAGUACGGCUGCUAUAAGAUCGUUGGAGCCAUCAUGCACUUUGGAAACAUGAAGUUCAAGAAGAGGCAGCGGGAGGAGCAGGCCGAGGCCGACGGCACAGAGAGUGUGGAUAAAGCCGCCUAUCUGAUGGGUAUCAGUUCUGCGGAGCUGCUGAAAGGUCUGCUGAACCCCCGCGUCAAAGUCGGAAACGAGUACAUCGUUAAAGGACAGACUGUAGAACAGGUCUACUAUGCAGUGGCAGCCCUGGCCAAAGCCGUGUACGACCGAAUGUUUAAGUGGUUGGUGGGUCGCAUCAACAUGUCCUUGUACACCGCUCUGCCUCGCCAGUACUUCAUCGGAGUACUCGACAUCGCCGGCUUUGAGAUCUUUGAGUUCAAUAACUUUGAGCAGCUGUGCAUCAACUACACCAACGAGAAGCUGCAGCAGUAUUUCAACCACCACAUGUUCAUCAUGGAGCAGGAGGAGUACAAGAGGGAGGGCAUCGAGUGGACCUUCAUAGACUUCGGGUUGGACUUACAGGCCUGCAUUGACCUCAUAGAACGGCCCAUGGGUAUUCUGUCCAUCUUGGAGGAGGAGUGUAUGUUCCCCAAGGCCACGGACAACAGCUUCAAAACCAAACUGUACGACAACCAUCACGGGAAGUCGCCCAACUUCCUGCGUCCACGGCCGGACAAGAAGAGGAAAUAUGAGUGUCACUUUGAGGUUGUUCACUAUGCUGGAGUGGUGCCAUAUAAUAUCACAGGAUGGCUGGAUAAGAACAGAGAUCCUCUGAAUGAGACGGUGGUAGCUCUGUUCCAGAAGUCCUCCCACAAACUAAUGGCUGGACUGUUUGGGGACUACAUCAGCUCUGAUAUGGCUGGAGAAACAAAUGCUGAAGGCAAACACAAGAAGAGGAGGGCUGCUUCCUUCCAGACAGUUUCACAGCUAAACAAGGAGAAUCUAAAGAAGCUGAUGGCCAACCUCCGCAGCACUCAGCCUCACUUUGUGCGCUGCAUCAUCCCCAACAACUCCAAGAGUCCAGGUUUGAUGGAUCCCUUCCUGGUCCUCCACCAGCUGAGGUGUAACGGAGUCCUCGAGGGGAUCAGGAUCUGCAGGAAGGGCUUCCCAAACCGCAUCCUGUAUGCUGAGUUCAAACAACGUUACCGCAUCCUCAAUCCUAAUGCAAUUCCCGAGGACUCGUUUGUGGACAGCAGGAAGGCUGUAGAGAAACUGCUUGGCUCUCUAGACAUCGACCACAGCCAGUACAAGUUCGGACACACUAAGGUGUUUUUCAAGGCGGGUCUGUUGGGUCUUUUGGAGGACAUGAGGGACAUCCGUCUGUCUCAGAUCCUCACAAUUGUUCAGGCCAUGGCCAGAGGGAAGCUGAUGAGGAUGGCCCGCCAAAAGAUGCUGAUUGAAAGGGAUGCUGUAAUGGUGAUCCAGUUCAACCUCAGAGCCUUCUUCUCUGUGAGGACUUGGCCUUGGAUGAGGUUGUUCUACAAGCUGCGUCCGAUGCUCAGGAGCGCCCAGGUGGAGAAAGAACUGGCUGACCUUAAAGAGGCGUACAACAAGUUAAAGGAUGCCUUUGACAGGUCAGAGAUAAAGCGUGCGGAGGCGGAGGAGCGUCAGGUGAUUUUGGUUCUGGAGAAAGACGACCUGUCUCUGCAGCUCCAAGCUGAGCAGGACAACCUGUCGGAUGCAGAAGACCGCUGCAACCAGCUGAUCCAGUCCAAAAUCUCUCUGGAGUCGAAGCUGAAGGAAGCGCAGGAACGUCUGGAGGAUGAGGAGGAGCUGACGGCCACGCUGACGUCCAAGAAACGUCAGCUGGAGGAGGAGGUGAUCUCCCUGAAGAAAGACGUGGAUGACCUGGAGAUGACUCUGGCUAAAGUGGAGAAAGAGAGACAUGGAUUGGAGAACAAGGUGAAGAACCUUUCCCAUGAGAUGUGUGUUCUGGAUGAAUCCAUAGCAUCUCUGACCAGAGAGAAAGUCGCCCUGCAGGAAGCUCACCAGCAGGCUCUGACCGACCUUCAGGCCCAGGAGGACAAGGUCAACAUGCUGGCCAAGGCCAAAGCUCGGCUGGAACAACAAGUGGACAAUGUAGAAAGUUCCUUGGAGCUGGAGAAGAAGGUGCGGAUAGAUCUGGAACGAUCCAAACGGAAGCUGGAGGGGGAUCUGAAGCUGUCUAUUGACUCAGUGAAGGAAAUGGAGAAUCAGAGGGAAGACAUGGAGGAGAAACUGAAAAAAAAAGACUUUGAAACUGGUCAGAUUCAAUCCAAACUGGAGGACGAACAGAGUUUGGGUGCUUCCCUGCAGAAGAGGAUCAAAGAGCUGCAGACUCGUAUCGAGGAGCUGGAGGAGGCGCUGGAUGCAGAGCGGGUGUGGCGCACCAAAGCUGAACGUCAGAGGAACGACAUCUCGAGAGAGCUGGAGGAACUGGGAGAGAGACUGGAGGAGGCAGGAGGAGCCUCUGCUGCUCAGAUCGCUCUCAACAGGAAGAGGGAGGCAGACUUCCUGAAGAUGCGGCGGGAGCUGGAGGAGGCAGGGCUUCACCACGAGGUGACGGCCGCCACUCUCAGGAAGAAGCACUCGGACAUGGUGACGGAGCUCAGCGAACAGAUCGACAAUCUGCAGAGAACCAAACAGAAACUGGAGAAGGAGAAGAUCGAGUACAGGCUGGAGGCCGACGACCUGGCUGCUAAUGUGGAGCAGCUGUCCAGGAACAAGACUACCGCAGAGAAGAUGUGCAAGGUUUAUGAAGACCAGCUGAACGAAAGCAGGAGCCGGGCAGAGGAGCUGCAGAGACAACUGACUGAAGUCUCUGCCCAGAAAGCCAGAGCCGUUACAGAGACUGCCGAGUACAGCCGUCGUCUGGAAGAACGGGAAGCUAUGAUAAGUCAGCUCCAGCGCUCCAAGACGGGGGCUUGCCAAAACGCUGAAGACCUGAAGAGGCAGCUGGAGGAGGAGAGCAAAGCCCGUGUCUCGCUGGCCCAUGCGGUGCAGUCGUCCCGCCACGACAGCAGCCUCCUCAGGGAGCAGCUGGAGGAAGAGCAAGAGGCGAGGGCUGAGCUGCAGAGGGAGCUGUCCAAAGCCAACGGGCAGGUGGUUCAGUGGAGAGCCAAGUACGAGACGGACGCUGUGAUGAGAAUAGAAGAGCUGGAGGACGCUAAGAAGAAGUUGGUCGUCAAACUGCAGAACACGGAGGAAGCUGUGGAGUCGUCUCAUGCCAAAUGUUCCUCUCUGGAGAAAACCAAGUGUUGUCUGCAGACUGAGAUCGAAGACCUGGUGGUUGAACUGGAACGAACCAACUCUGCUGCUCUGGCUCUGGACAAAAAGCAACGCAACUUCGACAAGUUGUUGGGUGACUGGAAGCUGAAGUUUGAUGAGAGUCAGACGGACCUGGAGGCGUCGCAGAAAGAGUCACGCAGUCUGAGCACCGAGCUCUUCAAACUGAAGAACUGCUAUGAAGAAGCUCUGGACCAUCUGGACACGAUCAAACGAGAAAACAAGAACCUGCAAGAGGAGAUUUUCGACCUGACGGAGCAGAUCACUCAGGGAGGGAAGACCAUCUAUGAGCUGGAGAGGAUGAAGAAGAUCAUGGAUGUGGAGAAGAGUGACAUCAAAACAGCUCUGGAGGAAGCAGAGGGUACUCUGGAGCACGAGGAGAGUAAGACACUGAGAUUCCAGAUGGAGCUGCAGCAGAUAAGGAGCGACAUCGAGCGCAAGAUUGCAGAAAAAGAUGAAGAGAUUGACAACCUCAGGCGGGGUCACCAGCGCGCCCUGGAGACCAUGCAGGCCAGUUAUGAGUCGGAGGUUCGCAAUCGCAGCGAGGCGGUCCGUCUGAGGAAGAAGAUGGAGUCUGACAUGAACGAGAUGGAGGUUCAGCUGGGACACGCCAACAGGCAGGCGGCUGAGAGCCAGAGGAUCAUCAGACACCUGCAGACACAGGUGAAAGAGCACCAGGUGGAUCUGGAGGAUAAGAUCCAGUUGACCAAUCAGCUGAAGGAACAGAUUGUCCUGCUGGAGCGCCGUUGUUCACUGUUGACGUCCGAGGAGCAGGAGCUGCGCGAGAUCCUGGAGCAAACCGACCGUGGCCGCAAGAUGGCCGAACACGAGCUGGUGGAGCUCACUGAGAGAAUCAACCUGCUCUCUACACAGAACACCGGUCUGAUGAACCACAAGAGGAAGCUGGAGACCGAUCUGACUCUGCUGACGGAAGAAGUGGACGAGGCCAUGCAGGAGAGUCGUAGUGCCGAGGACAAGGCCAAGAAGGCCAUCACUGAUGCAGCGCUGAUGGCGGAGGAGCUGAAGAAGGAGCAGGACAGCAGCAAUAUGAUUGAGAGAAUCAAGAGGAACAUGGUCUCCACUGUGAAAGAGCUGCAGGUCAAACUGGAUGAGACGGAGCAGAUGGCGCUGAAGGGAGGGAAGAAACAGCUUCAUAAACUGGAGACAAGAGUGAGGGAUCUGCAGACGGAGCUGCUGAUGGAGCAAAAGAAGAGCGAGGAGUAUCAGAAAGGAGUCCGUCGCUUCGAGAAGAGAGUCAAAGAGCUCACGUACCAGUCGGAGGAGGACAGGAAGACUCUGCUGAGGAUGCAGGAGCUCAUCGAUAAGCUUCAGACCAAAGUCAAGAGCUACAAGAGACAAGCAGAGAACGCCGAGGAGCAGGUGGGCUGCAGCACGAUGCGCUUCAGGAAAGUCCAACACGAGCUGGACGACGCCGAGGAGAGAGCCGACAUCGCCGAGACGACCGUCAACAAGCUGCGGAUUCGAACCCGAGAACAGACGAGCAAAGUGGCCAUGAUCGUUGAGUGAAGCUCUUCAAACGCCGUCAGUGUGUUCCUGGUGUUUGUGUGACGUUUGCUUGCUGUGUUUUUAAUCUGAUGCGUCUGAGCUGUAUGGAUAACGAUGGGAUGGCACUGGAUCUUCCAUGUUCCUAUAUUUCUCCACAGUAAAGCAUUGAUGAAACAGGUUCAAACCGGAAGUGUUGAGGGCAGUGAGUAUGUAUAAGAGCAGGUAUCAUUUGUAGGCUGCUUUUUAGUGAUUGCAUUAAGUUAAACGUUUUUUUUAAGACCUAUUUUGCAUUAAAAAUAACAUUUAUAAAUAUAAAUCUACAUUUUAAAUGAAAUAAUGUAGGUUAUUUAUACACAAAUCAGCAUGUACACACACAUUGUACCAGUCACCCUCAUCUCAACCUCAGGAAAAACAUGGCGCCAGUAAGUGGGCAAAAAAUAUGGACAGAAAUAUACAAAACAUGACAAAGUUAAUAUGGAUUUAAAGACAGGGAAAAGAGAAACAGAGAAAUGGUCGAUAUGUUGACAGAAGGAGCUGUAUGUCAUGUAUGUUAAUACUAUAUAUAACCAUUACAGAAGAUAACGUCUCACUGGAAAAUAUGACGUACUUCCUGCUUCUUUUAUUCUACAUUUUGUGUGAUUUUUUUCCAGGUAGUUGCAGAUAUGUGCAUGUUUUUGGGGGUGAGGAAGUUGACGACAGAAUAUAAUAUAGAGUAUGAGACUAGAGUCGAUCAGUUGUUUAUUUAUGGUACAAAAAGUCCAUUAUAUUAAACCUCCUUUACGUUGUGUUUUUAAUUGACAUUAAACUAAAGGACUGUAAUAUUUUAGGCGCUGAACACACAAUAAUAAUAAUUAUCACCUACAACUAUUACUGUGUGAUUGAGUCCUUCUGACACACACCUAUAAUCAGCUGUUUCCAAAAACAAACACACACACACCUCCAAUAGGAUAAUCACAUCACCCUGUGCUAACAUAUUAGCCGCAACUACUUUGCUAAUGCUAACAGAGCUGUCGGGUUUUCUGCCCCCUAGUGGUCAACGUUGCUCAAUGUUUUUGAAUAAAUCCCAUCAGCCAUUUAAGAUGUAUUUAUGUGUGGGGUUUCACUGUAGUCUGUAUGUUUCUGAAGGAGAUCUUCAGUGUAGUAGGACAUAAAAUAAAUACCUGUUGGUGUUUGA